AUGGCUUCCUGUCCAAACGGAUCAGCACCGAAUACCAAUACCUUGCACUCACACUCGUCCUCUCAGACCAUCAACGAUGCGGCCAAGCCAAAAGCUUCGCGCAAGAAGGAGCCGGCAGCCAAGAUGACUCUGGCAAAAUCUCUGCUCUCGGAAGAUCUGGGAGGAGAACUGGCACAAAUACUCAUGACUCAAGCUAGGGACCUCGAUUCCAUGAACAUUAUACAGCGUCUGCAAUUUCUCAAGGGGCCGGCCCUGUUGGGAUCAAGGAUUCUUGACUUCAAUCAAAGCAGGACGACCGUCGUGACGACUUCAAUCUCUGCCCGAGACAUCCUUUCGCCGUCCCACGAUGGUGGCUGUGAACACCACCAGCAAUGCAUAUCGACCUCCAUGACUGUGAGCUUCAGUGCAUCGAGUACGAGCCUCAAUCAUAUCCCUACCUAUCCGAAAAGAAAGAAGAAUGACAUCCAUACAUUUACACUCGAUGAUUUCACGGCCAUUGAAGCCCUCAGCUCGCUUGUCGAGCGCUUCGGCAAGGUCUCCCACAUGGGGAUCCUGGACCCUAGUUAUCGGUUCUUCAUGACCAAAGACCGCCAAGCAGCCCUCUAUUACAAAGUCAGGAACAAUGUUGCCGUGGUGGGAGGCGACCCGCUCUGCGAACCGGUCGAAUACGACCGCCUGUUGGAGGAAUUUCGACGGCUCCGUAAACGUCGGCGGUGGGGCAUGGUCUUUCUGGGCGCGACAGACGAUUUCGCGUCAUAUGCGAGCAAGCAGAAAUGGGUGACAAUGCGUUUUGGCACCGAGCGAGUCCUCAACCCGCUCAACAACCCGGUCUUGCAGGAGAAGGAACAGAGGAGAAUGAUCACCCAAAACAGGCAGCUUCUCGACCCGGACAAAGGCGGUAUUUCGGUCCAUGCAUAUGCUCCGGCUCAAGGGCGAGAUGAGGCUCUGGAACGGGAACUGCGACAGGUGUACGACUUGUGGCGCGAAUCGCGCAACCAGUCUGGCCAGCCACAGGCAUACAUGACGGUCUUUGAUCCCUUCGCUAUCCCAAUGCUCAUGACAUACCUGUACACCACCGACCGCCAGGGUCAAUGCAACGGAUUCGCCGCGUUGAGAAAGAUUGGAGCGAACAAGGGAUACCACAUCGACCCGUACUGCGCGAUCCCGACCGCGCCAAAGGGCGUUACGGAUCUGCUCGUCUUCUCAGCCAUGUCCCUCCUCCAGCAAGCCGGGAUCGGAUACCUCAGCUUCGGUUUCGAGCCGGCCUCGCAGCUCGACGAAGUCAGGGGUCUUUCGCGACCGACGACGGCGCUGACUAAGUCUUGCUACCGGCGCGCGUUCCGCCACCUGCCCAUCGCCGGCAAGAAGGCCUACCACGACAAAUUCCGCCCGGACCCAACGCUUGACUCGGGCCUGCACAUCAUCUACCCGAGCGGCGCGCCCAGCCUGCAAGACGCCCUGGCUACGCUGCACUUUGCCAACGUCGAGGUGCGGGACUUGCUGAAGAGAGAGAUCUUCACGGGGUGUGGGUGGAAAAGCAAGGACCAGGACCAGGCCGAUCGGAAAAAGGGAGCAGAGACGAAGCAUAUGAAGGCGGCGGCCUGA